CAAAUGAAGGUCUACCUUUCCAGACCUGCCUGUAUCUUCGCUCUGACUGCUCUGCUGUAGUCACGCUGUCUGCCACAGCAGCCGAGGAUGUUAUUCUAGGUUUAUUUAUAAGGGGAGUGGGAAAAAAACGGGAAGAUGCGCCUGGAGGGGAAACGUCACAUUUUCAGUAGGAGCGACGGUGUGGUGAGACUGUGACCGAGCCGGGGAGAGGAAUAUGCGGCACAUACCCUCCGCGCGUCGGGCCAGGGCGUCGGAUCUUUUCCGGAUUAACGUCCUAUAGCUGGAUGAUGCGAUUUCUUUCUUCAGACACACAGGAUUUGAUGAUCGCACCACGUUUAAGCGGGAAUCUGUAGCCUGUGUAAUCCCCCAGUAACGCCACCCCGGACCCCCCGGACCGGUUUCAUGGGAGCCGAACCAAGAGGCGGACUGUGCUCAUAAUCACUACAGGAAAGCAUCACUUUAAAGUUCUUUCAAGUUUCUGGAAAAAGGAUAAGGAUUUGGCUGCUUUGGUGCCACAUUUAACAUUAUAAGAAAGCCAUAGUUUGUGCAGGGAAGGUCAUUUCAGUCUACAGUGUCUCACUAAUAGAGGAUUUAACUGUCAUAGAGUUCAUAUAGAGAACUGAGUCCUAAAUCAUUCGAGCUAAAAUGCGACACAAUAAAGUUAUUGUUACGACCCUGAUGAUGCCACCCUGGGAGUCCUUUCAGGGAAGGGAGACUGGAGAGUGAAAGCGGGAUAUCUGCGCCUUUAUUCGGACACGGAGGCGACGCAAGGAGGACAAGCCAGCUUCUUUUUUUGGAUUGGUCCAAAAAAUAUUUUUUGCGUGCCCCUUGGACUCCUGCACAAUGGGGAUUAUGCUACAAGUUAUUCUAGGAAUGUUUCAAUUCCUGCUGCUCACCAGAAUACCGACUUCUCACGCCAAGCUUGCUCACUGGCGCCCUGCCGACUCCCCCAAAUCCAGAGAAGGUCGAGAAGUGCGACGGUGGUUGGAGGUGUACUCGCGGAGUGGCUGCGAGCCCCGAGACACUCUGGUGGAGGUUUGGCGGGAGUUUCCAGGUGAGACCCACAGCCUCUUCAUCCCAUCUUGUGUGUCGGUGAGGCGAUGUGGCGGCUGCUGUGCUGACGAGGCUUUCGAGUGUGUACCCACGCUCACACGCACAGUUACCAUGGAGCUGAUGAGGACGUCCUUUAUGAAGCACGAGCUCACUGAGCUGCCCUUCGUCGAGCACAGCCAAUGUGAUUGCAGGUUAAAGGAACACCUCCAGCCAACACCUACUAGAGGGUCUAAACCAGCAAGAAAAGGCAAGAAAAAAGAGAGAGGGAGGAAGUCCAAACAGAAGACAACUGGAGCCAGCAGAGCUGCGACAAUUUGUGUUACAGCUGCGCAGUCAAGAACCCAUGCUCCUCCAGCUCCUUCUGCCACAUCUUUUCCUCCACCACCAUCACUGCCUCCCACCAAUAUCUCUCCCUCCACCAUUUCCUUCCCAUCCCCCUCUCCUUCUCCUUCCCCCUCUCCUACGACGCGUUGUCGCCCAUGCCGAAGGAGGAAGUGGGCCUUGGAUUCGACGACAUGCCAGUGCCACUGCACCGUCACAGCUGAAACCUGCAGCCAAAAAGGCCGAAAGCUCAACCCUCGUCGCUGCAAGUGUGAAGCCAUGAGGACUUGAUGUGUCCGCCCACAUUCUUUUCGCCUCCAUCUCUCCACCAAAUCCCUGUCGAUUCAUCGCCCACCCUCAGCAUCAGUGCCAUAGACCAUACAGACACUUGGAAAGGCGGCGUCUCAAACUGAGGGGAAGCACACAGAAGAACCUGUAGCAGAGCUCCAGUAAAGCAACAAGUUCAUCAUCACUGCAUACAUCUGCUGUGUGCAAACAUCUUUCCGCCUCCGUGCUUCUGUGAGAAAGAUUCUAUCAGUCUGCAUGUACAUGGCGUGUGCUGACACGUAGCGUCGCAAAACACAUCCAAUCAGUGGAGGAUGAAAGUGGCAACUUUGAGGGGCAUGGGAAUAGACAGAAAAUCUUUCUCGCCGUACACAAGCCUGCAGGGGAACACGCUGCGCUGUUAUUUCGGAGGCUGGACUCCGGGAAGUUCCUUUCACCUGCGAUUAAACUUGUAAACACAAGAGAAUAGUGGAAACGAGAACUAUUAUACUCCAUGAGAACAACGCGGAUGCAGAGGAGUCUUACACAGGUGUCCUCGCAAGGAAGCUGCACAUGACGGAUUCCAGGGUUAAGUCGAGGCCAGUAUUUUGCAGAGGAUUAAGGAAACAACAGCAACAGAUUACUGAUGGACACAUACACACAUACAACAGACAUACAAGAGUGACAUAGGACAUGCACAUGAACUGGCACCCCAGUGUGCGUGGACCUAUGGUUUAGCUGAAUGCUGGGAUGAAGUAUAUCUGUGUGGUCUCCCCAGUGAAAGACCCAGAUGGGUUAACCGUGCAGCCGCUCUCCCUUUUAUUCAAAGCUGGCUCUCCAAGCCGCUUUCCAGCAUUUGUUUAAUUUCGGCCUUUUGUCUCCGUCUUUCCUCGGUUCCUCGAUUGAAAGGAGCCACAUCGCCUCGCUUUGCCUCUCUUUGAGGCAGUGAGGAGAAUGACAAUAAUGAGGCCUGGCGGCUGUCCACUGCUUCGCACACACACACAGAUUCACACUUAUAAUACCAGGAACACAGAUGACACACACACACACACACUCACAUACAGACACAGCUUCAGCACACACACGCAAUGUGAAUUGAAUGCAGGUAGCCAUAAGCUUUUGUUUGUGCAACACCAAGUGUGCAAAUAUAUGUGACUUGUUUAUUUGCAAUUUACUGCAAAAUCUUCACUGAGUAUUGUAUUACUUGCCUCUGUUUUAUAUGUUAUUAUAAUUCUGUUGAGUUGAUUUGAAAGAUAUUCUAUAUUGCAGAAGUUUUCUUUGUUUUUUGUUUUUUUGUUGGGUUUUUUUUUCCGUGUUCAUCUUUAAUCUGCGUCUGUCACACUGGGUGGUCAGCUAAUACCCAAAUGUAUUGAAUUGAAACAGAGACAACUCACACGGGCCACAAAUGUGUGAGUCUCUCACACACAAAACUCACACGGAAGAGAUGGGUGCAGAGACGAUACAUCAUAAUGUGUCAUUCAAACAGUCAGUGGGGCAAUGUUGUCGGCAACACAGAGAAACCAAGCAAAUAUCCGUCCCCAGUGCAGUGAAAGAAAAACACGGCUGUUGUUGUUGCGUGUCAGAGCCAGGAUGGAAAGAGUGUUAUUCAGCUGGAACAUAACUUGUUUAUAUUCUGACUGAAUCUCUCGGUCUAACUCCAUGUUGGUUCAUUGCUGCUGGGUGGGAACAGGGAUUUGAACCAUGCCUGCUUCAGAAAGGACGAGGUCUUGAGCAGCUUGUCAGUCAUUGUGAAGAGCUAAAGCCCUGAGCUCGGAUGGCCUAAAGUGGCAGGUCAUUGAGUUUAAAACCCUGUUUGACACCCAUUCACAGCCUGUGUGCUGUGUUAAAUUCUACUGAGAGCUAGUGAGCUCUCAGCGCCAUGGGAAACGGUAGCUUUGAAACUCCUCGAUUCACGUCUUUACUCUGCCCCAUGAUUCAUACAAUCCUGCCAGUCGAGGAAUAGUCACCCUGAAACAGCGUGCAGUCCAGAGUGUGAAUUAUUUAUGUGCCAGCCUUGAAGCAACUUGCAUCAGUGGCUGCUGUGAUAAGCUUUGUAUUUAUACUCUCCUUGGAUGAGAUUACUUUUUUUUUUUUUGCGCUCAAGUUCAUUGUUCAGUGUUUAUUACUGUCAAUCAAUGCUUAAAUCACUACCUCUAUAUCAUAACAUAUUAAUGACCAAGUAUUAGAGCAUUAUUGUUACUUUCUCUGUGAUAUUUCAGACCUCGUCUUAAGAUGAUGAUAGUUUUAGCAAUAAACAUUGUCUCAGCUGAGACUUGGAGCUGCAGCAGAUCUGCAGUGGUCAUCACUGGUUUAGAGGGACCUAUAGGAGUUUUUAUGAAAGGAGAGUUGAACUGGUCCUUUGAGUGCAGACCAGACACUGUGUGAUGAUGUGCAAACAGGACAUGGUUUCCCAAAGCUUUUGUUACCCCAAACUGCUACUGAAAUUAUAGGAAUAUUUUGACAUUUUGCGAAAUACACGAGUUGGAUGAGACGAUUGUUCCUGCUCUCUGUGCAAUCAAAAUAAAUACAGAGGGGAAUAGCCUGUGUCCAGAGGUAAAUCGACCUCACUAUGGUCUUUGUACAGUUUUACUACACAACAUGCUUGAAAGGGUCCACACUACUAGAUUAUUUUUUACUUCUGGACCUGUUCAAACCAUCUGUUUAUGUCACUUUUUAAUCUUUAAUCGAAACUACUUUGUUUUUGCUAUUGGAUAGAGAUGGUGAAAUAUCUCAUUAUCUCCAUGUAGACAAAAAAGCACAAUUUUUUUUUUUUUUUUAAAAAGGUCAUUCCCAACAAGACACUUCCACGGGGGCUUGGGGUAUGUGGAUUGAUAAACUUAAGUAAUCUGGAAAUAAAUGAGCAAAUGUAAGAGUAAUUUUAAUUUAAGUUAAUAAAACCACAAGUGAACCAUGACUGAAGUUACCAGUUAACCUAAAAGUAAUGGAUGAGCAGUAGAAAGAGAAUUCAUAACAUAUUAAAAGAGACAAGUUACUUGUUAAAACAUGAAAACAUGGUUGGAAAAAGUGACGUAAAAUUGUAAGGUGAUAGUGUGGAGAAAUGUGAAAUAUUAAAUUGGACAUUAGCUAAAUAAAAAUAUGGUUACCCAUUAAAACGUGAGCUACUGGUAUAGAUUAACAUAACACAAAUAUCUAAUCAGCCAAUCACAUGGCAGCAGGUCGAAGCUUUUAGGCAUGCAUUUGAAGUUAACACUGGAAAUCAUUCUUCUUUUUAAUAAUGGUGUGAAAAAAAGAAAAUAUCCAGUGAGCUGCAGUUCUCUGGGUGAAAAUGCCUUGUUGAUGACAGUGUCAGAGGAGAAUGACCAAACCGGUUCUAGCAGAAGGUAACAGCAACUUAAUUAACCACUAAUUAUGACCAAAGGUAUGCAGAAGAGCAUCUCGGUAGCAGAAGACCACAGGAUGCCAUUUCUGUCAACUAAAACAGGAAGCUAAGGCUUUAUUUUGAACAGGUGUAGUGAAAUCAAGCAAUAGAAGACUGGAAAAAUGUUGCCUGGACUGAUGAGUCUUGAUUUCUCCUGCCACGUUCUAAUGGGAGGGUCAGAAUUUGGUGUAAACAACAUGAAACCAUAGAUCCUGCCUACCUUGUAUCAUGACUCAGGCUGAUGGUAGUGAUUUAAUUGUGUGACCAUUAUUUUGUUGGCAAACUCUGGGUCCUUUAGUCCCAACUGAGUAUUAUUUAAGCCUUAUUAUUCAGCCUGCCUGAGUAUUAUUGCUGACCAUGUCCAUCCCUUUGUGACCACAGUGUACCCAUCUACUAAUACCUGCUUCCAGCAGGAAAACGUGCCAUUUCACAAAGUUCAGAUCGCCUCAACCUGGUAUCCUGAAGCAGGCAAUGAGUUCACUGGACUCAGAUGGCUUCCGGUCUUCAGAUCUCAAUCCAAUAGAGCACCUUUGGGAUGUGCAUCCAAUUCUAUCAUGUCAAUAUGAAGCAAAAUCUCUGAGAAAUGUUUCCAGCAUAUUUUUUGAUUCUGUGCUAUGAAGACAAUUCUGAAGGCAAAAGGGAGUCAAAUUCAGUACUAGUGAGAUGAGUGCCAGUGAAUGUUGCUAGUAGCUAAAAGUAGUGGUUGAAAUAAACUAAUACUGCAUAUACUAGCAAGUAACCACAAAAGAUAAAUCAUGAGGUGAAUGUAAUUCCUCAGACGUAGUCCAUAUCCAGUUUAUUACAGAAGUGCUUAAUACAGGAGAUACAGUAAAGGUUCAGAAGCAGUGUUUCAAACUAUUCCUCUAAACUGAUCCGUGGCUAUUUCUGUCCAUCCAUUUUUUUAUUUGCAAGCACUGAUACUUCUUUUCCGGUCUUCAUUUAUUAAUAAUAGGGAACAAAAUGUGCCUGGUGACUGAGGAGACAAAUGUUUUGGGAAACCUAAGAGUCCAGGAACCUCAGUACAGAUUACAUAUACUGUAGAUUAGUCCAGUGGUGAAAACGAUGAGCAAAUGGACUCCGAUCAUGCAGACAUGUGUGACUAUUUAACAUCAUUCCACCCAAGGGAGUUGUGGUGCUGAGAUAUCUUUUUGGGUGCCACUCGGGCUCCAAAUGUUAUUUCUUGUGACCAAAUUUUCCUUUGUCAAAAUAUUAAUUCUGAACAAUAAAAGCAACAACAACUUCCGCAUGUACUUGCUGCUGUUAUUUCAGCAUUACAACUCUUUAACCUGUAAGACCUGGAAAUAUUAAUAUCGUGUUCAGAUGUCCUGUGUGAGCAUUAAACAUCAGUGUGCUUUGUAUCUGCACAGUCUACAUCAUACUGUUAGCCUAUAGCCUCCGGUGUCUUAGUGGCCUAUAGAUACCCUCUACUAACUAUAUAACUUUUAUAAUCUCUAAUAUCCUGCCAUGACUAUGUGUAUGACGUAGCGCAUACUCUAGAAAUGUAUUUGUUACUUCAUUUGUAUUGCUGUACCUUGCAACGAAUCUCUUCUCUGCAAAUACAUUGUAAUACUGUAGCCUACGUAUAGAAAAUGAAACUACACUCUUUUUUUUGCUGCUACACCAUUUGUGCCCUUUUUAAUAUGUCUUUGUAGAAAACAAUGCAGUUUUAUGUUUCAUGUAUUAGCAUAUAAAUGCCAAUUAAUCGAUUUUAAUGUCCACAUUAAAGUGUAUACUACAUCAUCAAAUAUAUUCAACAUGAUACCAGGAUACAGCCGUGAUGUUACAGAUGUGAUUAAAGGAAAUGUCUUAUUUUUCAUAAAAACCUCCGCUUUCCUUGUCUAACCGAUGUCCCCGCGCUUUGACC